AUGGCAAAGGUGGUACAGAGUCAGAAUGGCUGGGGAGUGACUUACACUCCAACUCAGAUCUGUGCCUUAAAAGGAUCAACAGUGGACAUAAACUGUACCUACACAUAUCCAUCCAGCUUAAAUAAUCAUGAUACCAAAGUUCAGGAAACAUUCUGGUUUACGAAAGAGAGUAAUAACGUUUAUGUGGGUCUGAAAACGGACCCAGAGUAUUCAGGUCGUGUGGAGUAUAUUUGUCAGAACAAACGCUGCACUCUGAGAAUCACAGACCUGAGAGAGAGCGACUCAGCUGAGUACAAGUUCAGGUUCAUAACAAACCAAGAACUUGGGAAAUAUACUGGUUUACCGGGAGUCACUCUGUCUGUCACAGAUCUGCAGGUGCAGGUGAGCAGAUCAAAGUAUUCUCCCUGGGCAGAGCUGAAGUGUCACAGCAGCUGUCGUCUACCUGGCCAUCCUUCCUACAUCUGGUACAAGAACGGACAGAAAAUUCAGGAAGAAACAUCUACAUAUUCAGGCUCCUUUGAUCCUGCAGGCAGCUUUUCCUGUGCUGUACGAGGAUAUGAGAAGUCCCGCUCUCCUUCAGUGUAUGCUCCAAAGUUUCCCUCCGUGUCAGCGAGUCCCUCUGGUGAUUUAGUGGAGGGCAGGUCAGUAAAUCUGACUUGUAGCUGUGAUGCUAAGCCAGCAGCUAACUAUAUCUGGUACAAGAGGACUAAAAAUCCAGACCAUGAAGAUCUCAGUAAAGAACCACAGCUUGUCUUCAGCUCCAUCCAGUCCUCUGACUCUGGAGAGUAUUACUGUGCAGCUGAGAACCAGCUGGGGAGGAGGACAUCUGAAUACAUCUUUAUUAAUGUGAAAUAUGCUCCAAAGCUUCCCUCUGUGUCAGUGAGUCCCUCUGCUGAGAUAGUGGAGGGCAGUUCAGUGACUCUGACCUGCAGCAGUGAUGCUAACCCAGCAGCUAAAUACACCUGGUACAAGGAGAACCAAACUCUGCAUCAAGGACCAGAAGGAAGUUAUUAUUUCACCUCCAUCAGCUCCGAGGACAGAGGAAUCUACUUCUGCAAGUCUGAAAACAAAUAUGGGCAGAUAAACUCUACAUCUCUAUCUAUAGACGUUCAGUAUGCACCAAAGCUUCCCUCUGUGUCAGCGAGUCCUUCUGGUGAAAUCAUGGAGAACAGUUCAGUGACUCUGACCUGCAGCAGUGAUGCUAACCCAGCAGCUAAAUACUCCUGGUACAAGAAGAACCAAAGACUGCUCAGUGAAGAAUCACAGCUUGUCUUCAGCUCCAUCCAGUCCUCUGACUCUGGAGAGUAUUACUGUGCAGCUGAGAACCAGCUGGGGAGGAAGACAACUAAAUACAUCUUUAUUAAUGUGAAAUAUGCUCCAAAGCUUCCCUCUGUGUCAGUGAGUCCCUCUGCUGAGAUAGUGGAGGGCAGUUCAGUGACUCUGACCUGCAGCAGUGAUGCUAACCCAGCAGCUAAUUAUACCUGGUACAAGGAGAAUGAAGACUCACCAAAAGCAUCAGGACAGAACUUCACCAUCACUGACUUCAGAGCUGAACACAGUGGGAAUUAUUACUGUGAAGCCCAGAACAGAAGAGGACGUCAUAACUCCACCUUACAUCUGACUGUUGUUGCAGGGUGA